GUCUCGGGUGUUGGAUUUGCGCUGAAGGAUGAGCAGCUCGUCUCACUCAUCCCGGUCGCUGUCAGAGGAUCGGCCCGCGGCUGUGCUGUGGGGCUGCCAGCUGGGCACGGGCGCCCGGAGCUGCGUGGUGGAGGAGGACGAUGACUUCUUGGAGCACCUGGUGCUGCUGAGAACGAUCUGCCUGGGGGCUGACGCCAGGGACCAGCUGCACGUGGUGGCCGUGGAUUCCAAAAACGCCUCCGGGGAGCGCAGGCCGAUGCCCAUCGCGGCGCUGCGGAGCUCCCUGCUCCCCAUGAUCUGCCUCAAAGGCCUGGAGCUCGUCCCUCCCGUCACCUUCGUGCUCCAGUGUGGGGCUGGGCCAGUCUAUCUCAGCGGGCAGCGCGUCACCCUGGAAGAUGAUGUCACGUCUGAAGCCCACAAGGAAGAGCUCUCGGAGGAAGAUGUGGAUGAUGAGGACGAUGACGGAGCUUCAUAGAACGGGGCAGCUUGGAGAAGAUUUUGGUGCUGGUGCGGUGGUGGGGGCACCCUGUGCCGGGAGCCGCCCGUGCCAAGGGCAGAUCUCAUUGCAAUAGCUUAAAAUGAAUCGAACCUCCCCGAGCUGAGGUGGGCUCUGAGGGUGUAUCCUGGGGGCAGGUUCUGGCAGGUGCGGAUUUACGGACGGGUUUUUUUUCCGCUGCUGGGCUGCUGAAGCCCUGAGCAGGGCGGGCUGGCUGCGUGGUUUGGAUUCAGCUGCGCACGUUUGACCGUAAGGAUCCACAUUUGGGCUCUAGGAGGCUGUGGGGAUGUGCGAUGGGAGCGUGGCUGGGGAGCUCACCUGGGGGUUUCCAGCACACCGUCUCACACCUCCUGCACACCCACAGACUGUACCCCCACACCUGGCCACGCACCUGUCUGCACUCACGGACACCUGUGCACGCCCCUGCAUACACACAGGUACACACCUGAACUCAUCUGUACCUACACUUGUGCCUGUACACGCCUGUGUACACUCACCUGUACCAUCUGUAGUCGUUUGUAUGCGCACCUGUACAUAUACACCUGUGUAUGCACACCUGCACACACCUGUAGUCAUCUGUAUGUACACCUGUGCAUACACACCCGCGCACACCUCUACACCCCCAUGCGUACAUACCUCUAUACACACCUUCGCAUACGGUACACCUGUACACACCAGUGCAUAAACACGUGCACACACACAAUUAUAAACACCUGUGCACACCU